AUGUGUCACAGUUACGGCGGAACCCCAACAACACAAGCGCUGGCGGGCGUCCCCGUGAAGCGCAUCGUCUAUCUAACGGCCAUCGCCCCGAAAGUAGGCCAGUCGCAUGCUGAUGCCAUGGCCGGCCCAUUCAUGGACGCGGUGAUCAACAGUGCCGUGGGCGGCUACAUGCAUGGCGAUCCCGUGCAGCAAGCCGCCGGUGUAGGCAACGACUUCGACUCGUGGGAGUACGCGUACGAAUGUGCGCUUCAGCUUCCGCACCAUUCUGCUGUCUCCUUCACGGGGAAGACGACGCAGGCGGCCUACGUGACGGUUCCUGUGAGCUAUAUUCUGACAGAGAAAGAUAUGAUUGUGUCUGUGGGUAAGUGCGCAUAUUCUGAUGCUUUAUGA